CGCAACAACGAAUAUAUCGAGUAAAAAAACCGUCUUCUCGAUCUCAUUUCCAAACACAGCGAUAAUUGUUUUGUUUUGGGUCACGUGGUAGGUCUAAAAGCCGUCAUAUCUACGACACACAACGUCACCAGGAAGGAAGAUUUUGGUUUCCAGACUCCUCGCUGUCGUCUCGAAUGUUUUGUUUUCGACCACGAGACUUUCAUAUCCGUCUUUGAAUUACCUUACAUUCGCCCCUUCGCGUUUGAACGUGUUUUAAAUAUAUGUCAAGACAUUUAAUGUCAUGAAUGCCUAGUUUUAAUUAAAGUAACUUCCUUCCAUGAGAUUCGGCAGGUCAAGGAGAUGUUAUCUUGUAAUCAGUUUUGGCAUUGUGCUGAUUCUGCUCUUUUUUUCCCACUGGAAAACAAUCAAGAUACUGGAUGAAAGUCAUGAAAAAACUGUCCUUCCCGUUAACGAGAAAGAACUUCAAAAAAGUGGAAGUGAAACGGACGAGAAAGCAAAUGGCAACAGAUGCGUAUUGGAAGAUGGUGUGCAAACCCUUGGUCACUGCAUAAAUAAAGGUGACUUAGGCUAUAAAGCUUAGCUUUAAAUUGCCCUUCAGUAUAAUUAAUAUAUUAUUCUUUACUCACUACCUAUGGGCACUGGAAUACCAGGUGAGGUGGUGGUGAUGAGGGGUGGGGGAGGUGGGAGGUGUUUUACAGCUGGUGGGACCCUGGCAGGGAACCUUCAGCCCACCCUGUUCUAUACCAGGUGACAAAAAAAUUCCCUACCCUUUACCCAAAAGACAUUAAGCCAGAAACUCCAAUCCUUCAUAGCACUGAUCAAUUUCCCAUAAAAUAAUCAUGCCCUAAUUUAGACCAAAUCCCCAUUUUUCUAUUAUAUUUAGUAUCCCAUACUAAACUGUUUCACAAGGGCACAUACCUACAUAGCUAUCCAUCAUAUCAGAAGUGCCUCCUUGCUUCCCUGGAAAAGUAGUCACCAUAAAGUGCUUUUAAUAUUAAUUUUGUAAGAAUGCCGGUAGACGUUUUACUAAAUUGACGGUUACGUGGUCUUGCAUGUGAUUGCAUGGCUUUGACAGUUGACUCAAAGCUUUGCCCCUCAUCAGCUAUUUGCCAGUAGAAAUAAACAAUUGCCUUGUCUGUACAAGUGAAGGGUAAAAUGCAGACAAGCGACAUGACCUUGAAACAGCAACAUAAGGCAGCAGAAAUGGCGACAAAUGAUACAAAGAUAGGUUGCAAUAAUGUGACAACCUCAGAGAAAAGUGCAAAUACAAUAUAUAGUAAAAUGGCUUUCUUCUCAAUAUGCGAAACGACAGGUUUUGAAAAUAAGAAAAUAAGACUACGGACAUACAUAAUCUCCCUAAGAGGGCCUUAAAUAUAGCUGCCACAAGUUUUCAGUUUAUAGUGUUAACAAGAGAUUUGAUGCUGUUGAUGUUUUUGAACUUUUUUAACUAUCCUUUCUUCCUUGAUAUUCAAGGUGAAUACCUUGUGUUAGGCCACUCCAUUCAAAAGUAAACUCCUGAUCCAAAUUGUCCAUGCAUUUAACUGCAAGGGAUUCUGUUACAGUUCUAUUAGCCUUGAUUUAUCUUUGAUUUUUGAUAUUCUUCUUCUGUUCUUAUAUUUCCAGUUGUUUUAGGGGUUGCACCCUCUGACCUCCAAAAAUAUCAACCCAAUCCGAAGGGUUUGUUCACUUGCUUAGAUGGAGAGCUCAGUAUAAGCUGGAGUGCAGUUAAUGAUGAUUACUGUGACUGCAUUGAUGGUAGUGAUGAGCCUGGAACAGGGGCUUGUCCAAACAUGAGGUGGGUCUUUACUAGAGUUCCUGUGGUCACUUAUCCCAGCUAUGUCACCCCACCCCCUCAAGAGAUGGGGUGUUGAUGAGAACUGUGCUCUUUCACAGAAAAUCUUACAACUCUCUACCUACUGGUAGUCCUAGUUAAACAAUACAACAACUGUUAAUAAAACUCAGUUUUUUGAAAAUAUAGCCUUUCCUUAUUAUUAACAGUGAUGAGUUGCUUUAUGUCAGGAAGUAACUUUAACUGAUUAAAAUUUUUUGUCUUGACUUUUGUGGCCUUUAUUUAUAAGGGUGAACACCAAAAGCAAUUACUGGUGAGUGGUGAGAACACUCGCCUCCCACCUGUGUGGCGCUGGUUCAAAUCCUUGCAUCAGUGCCAUAUGUGGGAUGAGUUUGGUGUUGGUUCCUCCUUUCCCCCUGAGGUUCUCUGGUUUUCCCCUCUCCUCAUAAACCAAGAUUUCCAAAUUCCAAUUCAACCAGGAAUGGUAGACAAAGAACCACUAGGUGGAUGUGCCAGACUCAUACCCAUUCGCUAUUUGUAAGUCUUGUGAAAUGAGAAGAGAGAAGAUUCGAUGAUUUAAGUGGGGUGUGUAAGUACUCACAGGAAGGGCGAGAAAAGAGACCCCCACAUGCCUCAACCUAAUCCCAAUCUUCUUGUACCCCAGAAACACAUACUGGGUACAAGUCUGUGGUUGUGCUACCUCUAAAUGGUUAUUUAUUUGUUAAUUAUAUUACUCUUGUUUACUUUAGUUUUCUUUUUCAACAGAUUUUUCUGUUCCAGUCAACAGCAGUAUUUGCCCUCUUCACGUAUCAAUGAUGGGAUAUGCGACUGUUGUGAUGGGUCAGAUGAAUGGAAAAAACAGACAGUGAGGGGAGAUGUAUUGACAAAUCACAACUUUAACAUUAAAUAUGCCCCAUGUGUUAAUGGCUGUUAA